ACCUUCUUCAUUCAUCACUCAAUUCAACUGCAGAAGCACACCCACACUUACUUCUCUAUAUCUUCCAUAACAACAUCAACCAUGGGAGUGCCUUCUUUGCUGUUGCUCUUCUCUUACUUUCUCCUUUCCCUCCUAUUCAUACUUUUCAGUCUCAAGUUCCUGUUGGGAAGCAGAAGAGUGAGGAAUCUGCCACCGGGGCCUUCUCCUCUGCCCAUAAUAGGAAACCUCAACCUCAUCGAACAACCCAUCCACCGCUUCUUUCAACGAACUUCCGAGCAUUACGGCAAAGUCAUCUCCCUCUGGUUCGGUUCCCGUCUCGCCGUCGUAAUCUCUUCACACUCGGCAUUCCAAGAAUGUUUCACCAAACACGACCUUGCCUUGGCCAACCGCCUUCCCUCUCUCUCCGGAAAAUACAUUUUCUACGACAACACCACCGUCGGCUCCUGUUCCCACGGUGACCACUGGCGCAACCUCCGCCGCAUCACCGCCCUCGACGUUCUCUCCACCCAGCGAGUCCACUCUUUCUCCGGAAUCCGAAGCGACGAGACCAGGCGCUUGAUUCACAGGCUGGCCAGGAACUCGCGCAAGGGUUUUGCUCGCGUGGAGAUAACUUCCAUGUUCAACGACUUGACCUACAACAACGUGAUGAGGAUGAUAUCCGGGAAGAGGUUUUACGGAGAGGAGGCCGACAUGAAGAACGCGGAGGAAGCCAGGGAGUUCAGAGAGACCGUGGCGGAGAUGCUGCAACUCAUGGGCUUGGCUAACAAGGCCGAUUACCUGCCUUUCCUGAGGUGGUUCGAUUUUCAGAAUGUGGAGAAGCGCUUGAAGAGUAUCAGCAAGAGGUACGAUGCCAUCUUGAACAAGAUCAUCGACGAGAACCGCAGCAACAAGGAUAAUCGUGAGAACUCCAUGAUCGACCAUCUCCUGAAACUCCAAGAGACUCAGCCUCAGUAUUACACCGAUCAGAUAAUCAAAGGCCUUGCUCUGGCGAUGCUAUUUGGAGGAACGGACUCGUCGACGGGAACUCUGGAGUGGUCGUUGUCGAAUUUGUUGAAUAAGGCAGAAGUGAUGGAGAAGGCGAGAGAGGAGUUGAAGAGAGUGGUGGGGGAAGAUCGGUUGUUGAAUGAGACAGACCUUCCAAAACUUUGUUAUCUUAGGAAAAUAAUUCUUGAGACACUUAGGUUGUAUCCGCCAGCUCCAGUGCUCAUACCACACGUUACUUCGGAGGAUAUAAGUGUGGGAGGAUUCGAUGUGCCUCGGGACACAGCAGUUAUCAUCAAUGGGUGGGCGAUGCAGAGAGAUCCUGAGAUUUGGGAUGAAGCGACAUGCUUUAAACCAGAGAGGUUUGAUGUUGAAGGAGAAGAGAAAAAGUUGGUUGCUUUUGGGAUGGGAAGAAGGGCUUGCCCAGGAGAAGCCAUGGCCAUGCAAAGCGUUAGCUAUACUUUGGGUUUGUUGAUUCAAUGCUUCGAUUGGAGACGAGUGAAUGAUGAAAAAGUUGAUAUGAGAGAGAAUAAUUGGAUCACUUUGUCAAGGUUAAUUCCUCUUCAAGCCAUGUGCAAGACCCGCCCACUCUACGCUCAGCUUUCCUCAAUUUAGUUCUUUUUUAUUUCUUUUUCUUUCCUCAAAUUAUACUCCAUCCUUCCACUCUGCUACUGUCGGUUAUGAAUUUCCAAUAAUCUUCAAUGUAUUCUUUCUUAUUCUUAUAUCAAACUACAACUUUUAUGGUCCA